AUGAUAACAAAAAGCAAGCACGCAACUCAGCACGCUGCGGACUUGCGUGAAACGUUCAAUACCCUCCGUAAACACCAGAUGAAGCUCAAUCCGGACAAGUGUGUGUUCGGGGUCACAGGAGGAAAAUGUCUCGGCUUCUUGGUAGACGAACGGGGCAUCGAGGCAAAUCCGGAUAAGAUUCAGGCCAUUCAAAACAUGAGAUCCCCCACCUCCGUAAAAGAAGUGCAAAAGCUUACGGGGUGUAUAGCCGCACUAGGAAGAUUCCUUUCAAAGUCAGCAGACAAAUGCCUGCCUUUCUUCAAAACAAUAAAGCAACAGAAAUUCGAAUGGACCGCGGAAGCAGAAGAGUCUUUCCGUCAGCUCAAGGAGCACUUGUCAGCCCUGCCAAAACUAGUUUCGCCCAUCAACGGGGAAAAGCUAGUUUUAUAUGCCUCUGUCUCCGAAUACUCGUUAUCCGGAGUGCUUGUGGCGGAAAGGGAAAAGAAGCAGCUCCCAAUAUACUAUGUGAGUCAUGCAUUCCGCGGCUCAGAAGGGAACUAUUGCGAAGUGGAAAAGGUCAUAUUUGCGAUUCUGGAAGGAAAAAAUAAAUCAAGCCGCGUUACCGAUUGGGCAAACCAGCUAGCAGACUUCGGCAUCGAAUACGAGCCUCGAACGGCAAUUAAAGCACAAGCCUUGGCUGACUUUAUUGCUGAAAGCACUUCCCCCCCUCCUGCUGAAGUUAAUCGAGAAUGGAAAUUGUAUGUAGACGGGUCUUCAACACAAUCGGCGAGUGGGGCCGGACUCCUCAUUGUGUCCUCCGCCGAGGUCCGCAUGGAAAGGGCGGUCAGAUUUGAGUUCGCGGCAUCCAACAAUGAGGCCGAGUAUGAAGCAUUGCUGAUGGGGCUGAAAAUCUGCUGCGAGGCUGGGGCUAAAGAAUUGGCCGCAUUCUCGGAUUCCCAAUUGAUAGAGGGGCAAGUAAACGGGGAAUUCGAGGCUAAAGAUGAUAGCAUGAAAAUGUAUCUGCAGCAAGUGAAGGACUUUAUCCCAAAGUUUGACAAGUUCACGUUGGAGCACAUUCCACGAUCCCAAAAUGCCCAGGCCGAUUCCCUAGCAAAACUUGCCAGCUCCGCAGAUACUUCCGCGGCUCGUGAUAUAAUUUGGGAAGUGCUCCCCAACCCCAGCAUCAACUUCAUGAUCAACACCAUCGACAGAUCUGAAACAUGGAUGGGGCCAUACGUUAAGUACUUGCAAGAUCAAACGCUCCCCCAAGACGAGAAUCAGGCCAAAAUGCUCCAGAAGAAAGCCAAAUGGUUCGAACUUCAUGAAGGAACGCUUUAUAAAAAAUCAUACACACAUCCCCUCUUGAAAUGUGUUGCUCCUGAGGAAGAAAACUAUAUCCUACGAGAAAUACACGAAGGCGGAUGCGGAAUACAUCAGGGAGUACGAACGGUCAUUAGCAAAGUCCUUAGAAGUGGUUAUUAUUGGCCUUCACUCCGGAAAGGCGCGGAAGAGUUGAUCCUACGAUGUCCUGAAUGUCAGUAUCACUCGAAGAUAGGGAGAAAACCCUCUAAUUACUUGACCGUCUUGCAAGCCGUCCUGCCAUUCGACAAAUGGGGUAUGGAUCUCCUUGGCCCUUUUCCACCAGCAAAGGGGCAACGCAAGUUCAUCAUUGUGGCUAUUGAUUACUUCACUAAGUACGUAGAAGCAGAGGCUCUUAGUUCGAUCACAGACAAGCAAGUCUGCCAGUUUUUAUGGCGGAACAUCAUCACAAGAUACGGCAUACCGAGGGUGAUCAUUACGGAUAAUGGAAGGCAAUUUGUCAGCAAGAACACCAUUCAGUAUUGCGACAAAUUCCACAUCCAAAUCAGAUUUAGUUCUGUGUCCAGGCCGCAAACUAACGGUCAAGUCGAGUCCGCCAACAAAGAGAUACUAAAUGGUAUCAAAAAGAAGAUAGAAGGGAAGAUGAUUCGUAGCUUCAACCGCCAUGUGAAAACAAGACGUAUCCAAGUCAAUGAUCUCGUCCUCCGAAAAGUCGAAGCUACUGGGAAGAUUGUUGAAAAAGGAAAGUUAGGGGCCAAUUGGGACGGACCUUUCAAAGUCACCGGCAUCAUCAAACCAGGAACCAAAAAUUCCGCGGGCUCAGACGAUAGAAGCCACGGCUCAACAAACAAGACUGGGAGUUGA